UCAAGAUUUAGGAAUGACGCAAUAGUCAACGCCACAGAUGUGUGAUUUUAUCAACAUUCCUUAAUCCUUAGGUCUUUGUUUAAAUUGCCUUUUUCUUUCAAGAGGUAUGUGUUGUUUCGAUUUUAAAAAAUGAGCUCAUUGCUCAUUCAGUGUUGAUUCUUCGAGUGUACUAGUUGGUUGGUAUUCGAGAGAGCUGUUAUCAAUUUCCUUACCUACGUGUAAUUUUAUCAUUUAUGUACUACUGGUUAUCGAUUUUAAAUUAGUAAAUUCGUGAACAUUUCGUUCGUAAAUUAAUUCGUUUUAUGCGUGUAAACUUCUCAUUUGCUGUGGGAAUUUUGUGAUGGAUUUUUAUUGAACUCUGCGCUCACUUCGUUGUGUAAUUUCAAAAACGUUUCAAGGAUUUUUUUUCUAUACUUGUGCAUGAUUCGUGUGUAUUUUUUACUGGUGUGAAUUUUUCUUAAAUUAAUUGGAAUUUUGAUUCUGAUUCGCGAACUAUUUACGUAAAUCUUAGAUUCAAAUUUGACUUAUUUUUCUUGUGCAGACUUUUCAUUUUUUUUCUCGCAUAUCCUGGAAUUUUUUUUUACUGAUUUUCGAGUUGUUUUUUCUUGGUAGUUAUUUCCGAAUUUUUUUCACCCUCACUUACAUCGUUACUGUGUGUGAAUCGUUCCUGGUGACUAGACAUCAUUUUCAUUCAAUUUUGUCGGCGGCUUCUUCAAUUUGAUUUUUUUGGUGGUUUGAUCAUUGCUGAGUUUGCUCAAUCCGAAUUCAAUUCCAGUUGCUGUUGUGUGUAUUGCAAUUCGUGGAAUUCUGUUAAAAUAUCGACGCCAAGAUCCGUUAAUCAACUCAGCUCAAUCUCUAAAAUGGAUGUUCGAAAAUAUCUUUACAAUUGGCAACUCGAUGACGAUUUCAUUGAACGAAUGGAAACUUUCGCCGUUUGGAGAGGGAGAGCUGAUGGUAUUACGAAUGCCUUGUUUAUUAUGAAAGGCCAUGAAGUUUACGCUGCUGGAAAAAUCGUCAAACAGUGCGCUAACAAUCCGUUACCUGAGAGCACCAGUCAACAGAUUAAUUAUUAUGAACCUACGAAGCUUUCGUUAUUAUGUGGCAAAGUGUUUAAGAAGUUCGUUAUCGGCUCCACCUACAGUAUUUUCAUUUUUGAUGGAAAUGGCGAAGUGUACGUUUGCGGAGAUAAUAUUUCACUUCAAAGAGUUCCUGUAUUUCAGGACAUGUGCGUAAUAGACAUCGCCAUUGUACCAGGGGGAAAGAACUUGGCUCUGUGUACAGAUGGACCGCUUUAUUCGUUCGAUCUCGAUUUAUAACUCAAGUAUCAGAUAAACACCAGCGCAGCGAAUGCGAAGCCAGUAAGCAUAGUUCAUGUGACUGGAUACAAUAAUUUUAGUAUGAGUAUUGCCUUAUUCGAGGAUGGAAAGGUAAUGAGGAUAAUUAACGACGAUGCCUUGAACAAUCGCUGCGAAGAAGUUGGUUUUCAAAAUGCUGCGAGUCGCGGUAAAAUUGAAAAACUUGUUCAAGGAUACAUGCAUGUGUUUGCCUUGGACGAACAUGGAAGUUUAUUUGUGAUUGGCCUCAAUCACGAGGGACAGCUAGGACUUGGCAAACGUGACCAGUAUCGUGCAGAUGAAUUUGAGCAAGUCUCAGUUAUCAAUGAAAAGAUCGUUGACGUUGCUGCUAGCUGUUUUUCUUGUCUGUCAACUGCAUUAACUGAAAGUGGUAAAGUUUAUAUAUGGGGCAACAAUCGAGGCGUUUGCAUUUUCGAACCUAGGCUUACGCCUUUCAGUUCCCUUCAUGAAGCGUUCUUCGUUUGUUCAGAACCUUGGGUAACUUGCAGACCGAUAAAUGUUGGUGAAUUGCCUGCUAUAACAUCGAAACCAGAAAAUUUAUUAGUUGGUUCGUUCGAAAAAGCGUUUCGUGAUCCGAUAGGAACAUCGGAAUAAUUUGCCAAGUUGAAUGCGGAAGUGGCGAGAGAGUUGAUUGUGGAAGUUUGUGAACGCAAUUUUAAAAUUAGAUCUUAAUGAAAGUGUAUUUUCACUGCACUUGUUUGUCAAUUUUUUGUUAUACUUUUUAGUUUUUGUACCAAUUUUUAAUUUUUCCUAUUCUAGUUUGUAGUACCUACUGUUUUACCAAUUAAAGACUAAUUUUUGUCAUGAAAUUAUUUCUAUAUUUUACGAGUAAAUAUAUAUCAAUUUGCACUGUU